AUGGAGAUGAAUAUGCCGGCGCAUGCUCAGGCAGCCCUGCUAGACAUAGAGCAGGAGUACAGCAGCAUGCUGCGCACUCAAUCCAAUGCGCGCUUCUUGUUCAAGAAAUACCAAUCUGAGGAAGAAAUGGAAGCUCUUCUUGAGACCCAGAAGGACCUCAUCCCUCCGGUGCUUCAUAACAUCAUGGUGCACCGAAGAACAUCUUCAGAGAUCGAGCGCGCAAUGGCCGAUUACUUCGACGCAAGCACGGAGGCCAUUGAGAUCUGCAGGCAGCUGCUCCGGAACAUCAAGGACACCCAAAGCAACUACCAGUCGAUGGACAGCUUCCUUGCAAGCAUCACAGACAGCACGGCCAGUACUAGUGCGAGUGCUCCCCUUGCACUCAAGUCUUUCCCUGUCACAAGCAACCCUUUCUGCACCACAACUCGGAGCAACUUCAGGCAGAUCCACGACAAGUACUCCUCCAUACUCCAGAGCAUCAGAUCGAGCCACCGGAGAUUAGGGAGGAAGCUCAAGAUCGUGAAGGCGUUCAAGAAGCUCUCGCGUGCCUUCCUCGUCAUGGCGUGCGGCGGGGCGUCUGCGGCCGCCAUCGGCGCGGCGUCGCACCGGCUGUUCUUCGGCGUCCUGAUCGGGGCGGCAGCCGCGGGGCUCUUGCCGAUCGCGCUCAAAAGGAGGAUUGCUGGGAAGGCUAGGAAAGAGAAGGGGUCCAGCAAGACCUGCAUGUCCUUGCUGCGGCUGCAGGAGCAGCUCGACACCGCGGCGAAGGGGACUUACGUUCUCGGCCAGGACCUUGACACGGUGAGCAACCUCGUGGUGCGGCUCUCCGAUGGCAUCGAGCGGGAGAACGCCAUGGCGAGGUGCUGCGAGGAAAGAUCGGGCGAGAGGAGCUCGGUGCUUGAGAUGGUGAACGAGCUGAGGAGGAGCUGCUCGAGCUCCAGGAGGCUUACUGACGAGCUGGAGGAGCAUGUCUGCCUGCUCCUUGCCACCAUACAUAAGGCUAGAAUUUUGGUGAUCCAAGAGAUCUCCAAGAAAGCGUGA